AUGGAAGAACCUGAAUUCGGAUCUAGACCCAACUUGGCCGACCUUACUGGCCGAUAUCCGCUACUCCGCAGUCUGGUGCCGAACCUCACUUCAAGGGAUCUCUACUCUCUCGCUCGUUCGUCAAAGAAGAAUUGGCUGAACAUUAUGGCCAAUGCUACGUCCGCCCGCAGCCUUAUGCACAUGUCAAUGUGCUGUGGUGAAGGUGAAAAGUGGUUAGCAGUAUUAAAAAGGCCCUCUAGCCGCGAGUGUCAAAAGCAUGAUGGAGAACUUUGCGAGCGCUGUGGGUUCAAGACAUGCAAGAACUGCGUGUUCGAUCACGGUAAAGAGCGGUUAGGUUUUCGCUUUAUGGAAUCGGACGGUCUCGUCUUCAACGGAGAACCUCUUACCGGUGUUAUCCAUUACAGCGACGUCUCUGAUAAUAUGAUCGCCCUUUGCAUGAAAUGCGCACCAGCGUUCGAGAGCCAAACAGCCGAAUGCCACUGUCUCUUUUUCAAGGGCAUGCAUGUUUGCAUGCCAUGCGUCAAGACCGAGAUUAGAAAUCGCAUUGACGACGUCGUCAAUCUGCGGGCGGACCAGGACCGGGAGUGGAGGCGAAGGUACAAGCGAUAUCUGCCUGAUGAGAAGAUCUGGGUAAGAGAUUGCGUCUGUGGUGCCCAGUUUAGUGCCCAGCUCCAUGACGACGAAUAUCUCCAUCAGUAUUGUCUGAAAUGCAAUGCUCCGCGGUGGACAGCCAGUUUGUACUGGGAGCGUAUGCACUACGAACCAGCUCGUAACGCUGGUGGCAUCGAACGUCGAGUUAGACCUGUCACUAGCGUCACGGAAAGCUUGCGAUCGCUUCACAUGUGA